AUGGCCUAUCACAAAGUGAAUGCAGACCAGAGAGCACAGGGGCACUCUCCGUACCUUGACAACGAUGAGCUCCAAGCCACAGCGCUGGAACUGGAAUGGGACAUGGAAAAAGAGCUGGAGGAGCCUGGCUUUGACCAUUUCCGACUGGAUGGUGCUGUCCAGCAUCACCUGGGAAACUCUCAGAGCCCUGACCUCGAUCUUGAGCCCAUCCAACCUUCAUCUUCUCCUAAGGGAAGAUUCCAGCGGCUUCAGGAAGAUCCCGACUACAUCUCGCACUAUACGAGACAGGCACCAAAGAGCAACCGCUGGAGUUUUUUUCAGAUACUGAAAGUAUUUUGCACUGCUUUGACUUUAUUUAUUUUUGGAAUUGUGAUAGGAUAUUAUGCACGCAAGAAAUGCCCUUCUCCCUCAACAUCUCAAGAACCAAAUAACCCUCAUAUCUACCAUGAAAUUCUCAAGGAAAUCAAAGCUGAAAAUAUUCAGCAGAUUUACAGAGAUUUGUUACAGUUCCCUAGAGAAGAUGGUGUGGAUGCUGCAAUGAAAAUUCUGGUCCAGUGGACUUCCCAAGGCCUUGAAGAUGUCCAGCUGGUAAAUUACUCUGUUUUGCUUGACCUACCAGGCUCUUCUUCAAACACAGUAACUCUGAAAAACAGCAGUGAAUGCUUUUAUCCUACUGGACAACAGUGCAACAGAGAGACCAAAACUCUUCAUAGCCAAGACCUCCUGUACUCAUAUGCAGCUUACUCUGCUAGAGGAACUAUUGAGGCAGAACUUAUUGAUGUACAGUAUGGGACUGUAGAAGACUUGAUCCGGGUUCAAGCCAUUAUGAACGUUACCAAAAAAAUUGCACUUUUGAAGCUAGGACAAUCACCUUUGCUUUAUAAGGUUAGUUCCUCCUUC